AUGUAUUUUUUGAGAGGCGAGUCUACUACCAGGAAUAUCAUUGCAGAAACAACUAUAGCAAUUUGGGAAUGUCUAAAGGAAAAAUAUAUGCCGCCACCAACAAAAGAAAAAUGGAAAAACGUUUCGCAACGUUAUUUGGAUUUAUGGAAUAUACCCAAUUGCUUAGGCGCUAUAGAUGGGAAACAUUUUAAAAUUAAAUGCCCUCCAAAAACGGGAUCAGCUUUUUUCAACUACAAGCAAUAUUUUAGUAUUGUUCUAAUGGCAUGUGUAGAUACUAAUGGACUUUUUUUGACCAUUGAUGUUGGUGAUUAUGGUAGGAACAGCGAUGGUAGAGUGUUUAGAAGAAGUUCGUUAGGCAAAGCCAUUGAUAAUGAUUUGCUGGAUGUCCCUGACCCAAAGCCUUUACCUGGCUGGGGCUCCAAGGGCCCUUUCCCACAUUUUUUUGUAGCAGAUGAAGCCUUCCCAUUGAAAAAAACCUGA